AUAUAAUAUUAAAUACGUUUUUAUACGUGUACCGUUGUUACAAAGCUUGUAGCAGAAGUAUCGAACGAUUUAUCAGCGAUUUUUAUCGCUCCAAAGGUCAAUAUAAUGAUCGAGUUAAAAAUUAAUCCGUGCUUUAAGCUGAACUGAAAAGGGAGGACCACGUACGCCACGUACGCGGCCACGUAGUCACUUUUUAUCGCCGCAUUCGUUUACACGAGCAUCAUAACCUCUCGCACGAUUUUUCUCAGGAUCAUCGCUGCGUGAUUCGUGUGGAGACGAGCACCUUUUAUCAUGUCGCUGGACGAAAGAUUCAACAAUGCGGCUGCAGCGGUGAAAGAAUUGGCUUCGCAGCCAUCAGAUGAAGAUUUACUUGAAUUGUACGCAUUGUACAAGCAAUCCAUCGUCGGUGAUUGCAACACAGAGAGGCCGGGUAUGUUGGAUUUCAAAGGGAAAGCGAAGUGGGACGCUUGGAACGGUAAAAAGGGCAUGGCACAAGAUACGGCGAAAGAGCAAUAUAUCGCUAAAGCGGAGGCGUUAAUUGCCUCGAUCGGGAAAAAGUAGUUCAUCUAUUCGUCUCGCGUACGCAUAAACAUUCGCGUGUGAUCUGUCGCUUGAUCAUUCGCACGUUAAAACUUUACGUGCUUAGCAGGAAGCACCGAAAACACCAAGCACAGGCCUCGGCGACCGUACACCGUGCAUGCAAUGCAGUUCUAAUUUUUUUUUUUCGCGAGCAACGACAUAGGACGCGUUUUUUUCACUUUUGCAGCUUUGCGAAUUUUCUAUUCACUCGUUUAUUACUGAAAAUAAUAAAAAUGACACGAGAAU